GCGUUUCCAUCAAAGUGAUAAGAUUCGCUACACAUCGAAGUUUGAGUGCCACUGCAGUUCCAACUACACGCAGUAUGACUGAAGUAAACAACAAACUGACCCUUAGCAUUUUUGCUACCCUGGUGCAUUUAGCAUUAGUGGUGAAGGCGGACCCACAACUCGAUUUGCCACCUUUGAACCCCGACACACAGGAUCCAGCACUAUUUUACAAUGCCCUCACACCCAGAAAACCAGCGAGUCCACAGCAAUUACAAGGCGACUUGGAUCGCAGUCAACGAUAUGGGCCGCCAUAUGUCAGUGACGGACUCAACGAUGAUGGGGCCGAUGAUUUUAGAAAUGGCCAAACGUACGAUGAACGCAUGCGCUACGGUUACACCUACCCGGCGAGAGCGCAAAACUUUUCACUUCCCGUAGCUGAUUCACCAUUUAGUGACUAUAACAACAAUAAUUUAGCGCAACAACAACGUGACAAUCUUCGUUAUCCCAAUCAUAAUUACGACAAUCCCAGCGAUCGUUUCAACAGCAACAAUCGUUAUGCAGAUGGUUUUGAUGGUCGUCAGCAGGAGCGCUACAACAUCAACGAUCGUGAACAAGAUCGUUUCAAUAAUCCCAAUAACGAUUACAAUGCACGUUUCAACGGGAAUCCACCACCACGCGAAGGCAACUUUGAUCCCAAUAGGCCCUUCAAUCCGAACAGCCCUUAUGCUAACGAUCGCAGUCGUUAUGAGAAUCCUUUCCGCCCGAAUCAAGAUCGUUUCAAUUUGAAUAACGAACGUUAUUUCGAACGACAACGCUUCCAACAGGACCGUCGCUAUCAAAUUGAAUUGGAGAAGUUACGCAACCUGCUUGUGGAGACAGAUCAGAGGGGGUCAUUGGAGUGUACUGCCAAUGUGGCAGCUCAAUGGAAUUUCGAGACAAAUGUGAAUGAGCUGACACAAGCGGAUGCGUUCAAUGCUCAACAAAAUUACGUCGACUUCUUACGCCUGGUCAGCGAACAAUCGAAGACUAUCAAUAAAGAACUGAUUCUCGAUCGACAACUCUAUCGCCAGUUGAUGUUACAAUCGGAGGCGGGACCAAAUGCUUUACCCUUAGAAACUUUGGACCGGUACAAUCGACUGAUCAAUGAGAUGUUGUACAUCUACAAUGAAGCCACGAUUUGCGCGUAUCAACAACCCUUUGUCUGCAAUCUGCGUUACAUACCCGAUCUUAAGGAGAUUAUGUCCAAAAGUCGCGACUGGGAUGAGUUACAGCACACCUGGGUGGAAUAUCAUCGCAAAGCGGGCCGUGAAAUGCGCGAUGGUUAUGAGCAGCUGAUUGACGUUAUGAACGAAGUAGCCUAUGUGAAUAAUGUCACGAAUGGUGGUGAAUUCUGGUAUCUUCCCUACGAGUCGGCCAACUUUCGGCAGGAUGUCGACAUUGUUUGGGAACAAAUACGUCCGCUAUACGAGGGUCUACACUCGUACGUACGUCGAAAAUUGCGCGACUAUUAUGGCCCGAAUCGCAUAAAUCGCAUUGCACCAAUACCAUCGCACAUACUCGGUAAUAUGUAUGCACAAUCGUGGUCGAACAUUUUGGAUAUCGUCAUACCUUACCCUGGGCGCAAAUUGGUCGAUAUAACGCCGCGCAUGAUUGAACAGGGCUAUACGCCUUUGCUAAUGUUCCAAUUGGCCGAAGAGUUUUUCACGUCUAUUAACAUGUCGGCCGUAGGUCCAGAGUUCUAUCGCAAUUCGUUGUUGGAACAGCCGCUGGAUGGGCGACGUGUAUUUUGUGAACCAUCUGCGUGGGAUUUCUGUAAUCGCCAUGACUUUCGUGUGAAAGUGUGUUCGGAAAUUAGUCAGAAGGGCCUGCUGAGUGCGCAUCACGAGAUGGCGCACAUACAGUACUUUUUGCAAUAUCGCCACUUACCGAAGGUGUUUCGAAAUGGUGCCAACCCAGCUUUCCAUCAAGCGAUCGGAGAUGCUGUGACGCUGUCCAUAUCGACAUCGAAACACUUUCAAACGAUUGGGCUGCUGCAACGCUCUGUCGACGAGUCGAGCUACGACAUAAACUACCUCAUCACAAUGGCCUUAGACAAGGUGGCUUUUCUUCCAUUUGCUUUGGCCUUGGAUAAUUGGCGUUACGAUGUUUUUAGUGGGAAUACCAACAAACACAUGAUGAAUUGUCACUUUUGGAAUCUCAGAGAGCGUUAUGGUGGUAUUAAACCGCCAGUACUACGAUCAGAAAAGGAUUUCGAUUUGGGUGCCAAGUAUCACAUUCCAGCAAAUAUACCGUACAUCAAGUGA